UUUACGUAUGAAUCAUCUCUCCCAAGAUGGCGAUGCACCUGCUUCUCUGGCGAUGAUCCUUCUCGGUUCUGCGCGCUUCCACUAAACGGCCGCGGGGGGAAAACGUCGCCACACAAGCUGACGUCGGCGAGGCGGACUGCGGAGGGACCCACGCCGCCCACGAUGUCCACGGAGGAGCUGUCGGCGUCGGACAGCGAGGCCGUGUUGGCCGGCGCCGGGGAGCGAUGGGCACCGGUGGGCGCCGUGGCCAGCCCCGAGGAGGAGAGCGGCGCGCGGCCGAGGCAGAGAGGCUCGUCGUCGGCCACCGAGGAGGAGAUGGCGGCGCGGCUGGUGAAGCUGGAGGAGGAGCAGGAGCAGCUGAACUCGUCUCUCCUGGCCCUCACGUCGCACUUCGCCCAGGUCCAGUUCCGGCUCAAGCAGAUCGUCCACGCUCAGAGCGACGACAAGGAGAGGAUGCUGGCCGAGCUGGAGGAGUUCGCCUUCCGCGGCUGUCCGCACGUCGUGGGCUGCCGAGCCCAGGACGCCCAGCAGCUGGAGAACUCGGGAGAUCUGAGCGAGCGGGAGAAGCGGGAGCGUCUGGAGGCGCAGCGGGAGAAACAGAAGGACCUGAUUCUGCAGCUGAAGACGCAGCUGGAUGACCUGGAGCGCUACGCCUAUCAGGAGGGAAGCUACGACUCGCUGCCGCAGUCCGUCGUCAUGGAGAGGCAGAAGGUCAUCAUUGACGAGUUGAUAAAGAAGCUGGACGUGAAUCUGAACGAGGACAUCGGCAACUUGUCCCCGGAGGAGCUGAGGCAACGUGUGGACGCCGCCAUCGCUCAGAUAGUCAACCCGGCCAGAGUCAAGGAGCAGCUGGUGGAGCAGCUCAAGACCCAGAUCAGGGACCUGGAGAUGUUCAUCAACUUCAUCCAAGAUGAGGUGGGGAACCCUCUGCUGUGUGACGGUGGGCGGAGUCAGCAGCCGAAGGCAGCAGGACCCAACGGCGGCGCUGCGGGGACCAAACGGAAAGCGGACCCGGCGGAGGCCCAGAGGAUGCGGCACACCGGCCUCCAGCUCAUCCAGAAGGCCCUGGUCGUGCUGCAGAUCUUCGCUGCCAGUCAGUUCGGCUGCUCGGCCGGCCACGUGCCGCACAGCGUGUGGCCCCAGGACCCCCAGGCGGGGGGGCGGGACUACGGGCCCCUGCUGCAGCGGCUGGAGGCGGCCGUGGAGAAGGUGCGGGUGCUGGGCUCGUGCCGGCACCCCUCCGUGGAGCACGUGGUGAGCUACGGCGGCUCGUCCACGCCGGGGGCCCGGGACCGGCUGACGGCGGCGGUGAGGAAGGAGCUGGCGCCGGCUCUGAAGGACCUGCUGGCCCACGGCCUCUGCUGCCCCUCCCAGACGGUCAGCCUGGUGCUGGCCCCCAUCGCCUGCCUGCUGCCUUACACCCCCGCCCCCCUCGCCAUGCACCCCUGGGAGCUCUUCGUCAAGUUUUACCAAGCCCACGACGGGAAGGCCUUCGUGGAGGCGCCGGCCCGGAAGCUGUCCCAGUCCUUCGGCCUGACGGUGGGCGGGGGCCCGGGGAGGGUGACCCCCAAGCAGUCGCUGCUGUGGGCCGUGCACACGGUGCUGAAGGAGCACGGACGCUACAAGCGGGGGCCCGACAGCGAGUUCAAAGCUCUGGUGUGCAUGGCGCUGAACGAGCAGCGCCUGGUGUCCUGGCUCAACCUGCUGAGCAAGUCGGCCGCUCUGGUCCAGCCGCACUACCAGCCCUGGAGCUGCGUGGCCCAGACGGGCCUCCAGGGGGCGCUGCGCGUCCUGGGCCGCCUCAGCCACCUCAGCUUCAACCUGCCCGUGGACCUGGCCGUGCGGCAGCUCAACAACAUCAAGGACGCUUUCUGAGCCGCCUCGUCCUCUUUAACCUUUUAUAAAACGCUUUCUGUGCGUGACGUCGCUCUGCGUAAGCCGCCAUGACGCCUCAGAGCCCAGACCGCCGUUACCUCACCUUCAUAGGCCUCUGCACCUUCCUGCGCUCCACCUGCUGCUGAAGCUCUGCUGCAGACGCCGCUGGUGGUGGAGACGUUCCAGAGAAGCUCUCAGCGGCUCCUGGACGCUUUUACCUGAGCAGCAAACCUUCGUGUAGCAAACGGCGCCCAGAUAAACGCUGUCUGGCCGUGUGUGACAGGAAGUAGGCGUGGCGUGUGGCGUUGCUAUAAAUCUUUGUGCCGCCGUGUCAAAGCGACCGUCUUUCACUUCUGAGUCGUUGCUUUUCCACUUUGAGCUGCUGUCUGAGAGGAAAUCUCAUAACCGAGCUUUUUAAUUCCAGGUUUUCUUUUAUCUCCCAUUAACUAAAACGCUGAAUGUCUGAACCGUAGAUGCUCUUAAACUGACGUUAGUUUAUAUCCGUUGCUUAUUUUGUUCACGUUUACGACACUAAAAUCCUUUUGUGUCUGCGUAUCAAACCUUGUAUUCUCAUUGCAGAGCACUUUUUCAAACUUCAGUUGUGUUUUGGGUAUAUUUACUAUGCACUAUUCUACUUUUUUCCAUGUGUUUUUGCUUUUUGUUUAGAUAUUUAUUUAUUAGAUACACUCUUAAAGAGGCUGCUGUGCUGUAACUGUAGCAGUUCAGUCUAGGAGCAUCGCAUUUAAAAUAAUUUAUGCUAUAUUUAAAUAAUAUGGGGAGAUGGGAAAUGUUAGUUUUAUUAUAUUUAAUGUCAACCUGCAGUUGUAAAAUAAAGCAAGUAUAGUAAAUGGAAA